UUGAGUGUAUUAAGGCACAGUUGACAAGCAUGGCUACAAUGUUGGCCAGAAUACAGAUGCAUGUGAAUGCUGAUGACCCUACUGCCAUGGCUGGUCCAGUCCAUCCAGAAGACCUUCCAGUCUAUCCAGUGAAGACAAGAGAGGAAUUUGCCUUCCUGGAGGCUAGCUUAAAAAAUGAAGCCAUUUUUGCAAAGCUAGUGAAAGAGCUUGGCCAAAUUGGAGGUAGAGAUGUAGCCUCUACAACAAAAACGGUGUUUAAGAAACUUGUCGGAGAUGAAGUUGCCGUCUUCUACAACAGAACCGGGCGAAACGGAAAGCAAGAAGCCGGGAAACUGAAGAUCUUUAGCCUGAUCUAUGCUGCUGUACGUGUAACCCGCAAAACUGCAACAGACGACGAGAUGGGCCGCGCCAUUGGUGAUUGGCUGCGCUUCGCCAACGUCCGGCUCCGUGCUCAAGGCAAGCAACAACCUAAUCUUUGCAGGAAGGAUACAAAUACAUUGAAGCUGAUGAUUAAUCUAAAAAUCUCCUGAGGCUUACAAAAUGAAGAAUGUAAACCAUGCAUGAGAUCUGUAACACAGCGAAGAGUUCUAUUGUACUAUCGCUAUACAUUGAAAUACAAAGAAGAGAGCUUGUGGCUUUCUACAAAUGCUGCACAAACUGGCCACGAGCCAGCGAAGCUUGCACAUGUGUAGUUCGACCAAGGACACUAGAUUAAUCUCCAACUCUUGAAUGCCUUGACUGGUGCCUGGUGUGUAAGCAGUGUACUGAAAGUUAUGCGCUUUGUGUUCAUAUUGCAAUGUAUUGCAAUAGUACAUGCUCACUUGUAUCAUUGCCCCUCCCAAUCAAAUGCACCAGCAGAAGCAGUGAGCACAACUACAAAAUAACGAAGGAAGCUUUGUUUACAAUAAUUUCUUAUUGGAAAAAAGUAAAAAUUGGUUUUCUAACAUACAGAAUGUAGCAGCCGAAUAAGAAAGUUCUGCACUCAGCUUGAUUUUCUUUGUCUUGCUUUCCUAGAAAAUAGGGCAGUAAAAGUAUUUCUGACAGCCGUUUGUGGGACUGAUUGUGUGUUGCUAUUGGGUGAGGCCAGCUGAACAUACAAGAUGACAACACAGAGAAAAUUAGACAAACACGAUGCUGGACUAAACUGUUUA